AUGACAGUAGCUGAUUAUUUUGGUGAGCGUUACGGCGAGCUGCAGUUUCCGAAGCUGCCGUGCGUACACGUCGGCCCUGUGAACCGGAACAUUUUUUUCCCGUUGGAAGUGUGCGUUCUGGACACGCCGCAGAAAUACAACAGAAAACUUAGCGAGAAGCAGACAUCGGCCAUUAUUCGGGCAGCUGCAGUGGACGCAGUCACACGUGAACAGCGCAUUACGGAACUUUUUGAACAAGCCGGCUUCCAUCAGGAUCCAUUUCUGCGUGAAUUUGGCCUACAGAUCAGUCCUAAGAUGUGCGAAACAGUUGCACGUGUUCUCACACCGCCACGUAUCCUCUUCGGUGAAAACAACGGACACGCCGACCCUAUUGUAAUCCCGAAAGACGGCGCCUGGUCGAUGGAUAGCCAGCAGCUGUACGUUCCAGCAAACUGUCAAAGCUACUCGAUGAUUGCACUGGUGGACCCACGUGAGCAGAAUCAUCUUCAAUCAUUUUGUCAAGCCAUUGCUCAGAAGGCCUGCCAAAUGGGAAUGAGGUUUCCGAGCUGGCCCGAUCUGGUCAAGUACGGUCGCACGAAAGAGGACGUGAUUAUCCUGUUCAAUGAAAUCUCCACCGAGUAUGAACAGAUUGGCACCGCCUGCGACCUGAUCAUCGUAGUAAUGCCAUACAAGAAUGCCGACAUCUACAGUGCGUCUUUCAUACUUUAA